GUGCUGAUGACUAGUGAGCAUUUCUAACCCUUAGGAGCAGGAUGGUCGGAAUCGUAUCGGGCGUGGUGGCAGCGGUGCCUUUGGUCAUUGUUGCAAUGCUCGUUAUGUUUGGAUGGGUGUACCGCCUGCGCAGUGGACAAGCCAACACCUCUGUAAGCCUGAAGGGGAAGACGAUCAUCGUUACCGGGGCAUCGGCAGGUAUAGGGAAGGAAACAGUGAGAGAUCUCGCACGCCGAGGAGGUCGGGUCAUCAUGGCGUGCAGGAACCUGCAGAAGGCCUCGAAAGUUGCAAGUGAAAUCGAGGCCAGUACGGGGAGUAAGUCAGUGGUGGUGAGGGAACUGGACACUUCCUCGCUGUCUUCUGUCAGAAGUUUUGCCGCCAGGAUUCUUGCUGAGGAACGCAGAUUAGAUGUACUGGUCUUGAAUGCUGGUAUUGGAGGCCCAGCAGAGCGAGUGUUAACUCCAGACGGCCUGGAACUCACGAUGGCGACCAACCACUUUGGACACUUUCUUCUUGCCAACCUUCUUUUAGGGUUGUUGAAGGACAGCCAGCCUAGCAGAGUGGUGGUGGUCGCCUCCAUGGCCCACGCUGGUGUCAAGUCACUGGAUAUUGAGAACUUAAACUUCAAAAGGGAAGAGAGUUUUAAGACUGUCAGAGCAUAUCGUCAGACCAAGGCCUGCAACAUCCUCUUUGCCCGCCAGCUGACUGCAAUGCUGAAGGAUUCUGGGGUUGUUGUGAAUUCUGUGUGUCCAGGUCUCGUUUGUACUGAGCUGUUUGCAAAAUCUAAUGGGUUGUUCACGAAAUAUUUUCUGAACUUCGUGUCUCAUCUUGCAGGGAAGACGCCGGUGGAGGGUGCCCAGACCAUUAUCCAUCUGGCGGUGUCUGAAGACACUGCUACCAUCAGCGGCAAGUUCUUCCGAAACUGUAAGGUGGAUAAAGUUGGUUGUGACUUGGUGCUUGAUGAUGGCAUGGCCAAGAAGUUAUGGGAGGCCAGCGAGAUCCUGGUUGGUCUUCAGCCUGACGAGCGACACUACUGACGGACUGCGAUCCAGUCAAGACCCAACACAACAUCCUAACGUUCACUCAAACCUCGUCACGACGAUCGCUGACUUUCCAUAACUCAUCUACUGGCGAUAAACCCACAACCACUCCAAUAUCCACAAGCCGAGAGAGAGAGAGAGAGAGAGAGAGAGAGAGAGAGAGAGAGAGAGAGAGAGAGAGAGAGAGAGAGAGAGAGAAUGUUAUUCCCUUACUCUUACUCUCAUAUUCUCGCUUUCUCCCCUCGCCGCUUCCAAACACCGGGCCAUAAAAAGCCAGAUCCUAUCACCUCGCCUGGGUCACGGCCGCCUGCUGAAGGUUGAAUGAACCCUACGUGCGAGGCAAUGUGUUCUUGUGUACAGGAGAGUUUCAGUUUGUUCCAAAGAGAAUGUGGGCGCCGGGAAGUAUGUCUCGAGUUUUCAUACGUGCUCUUCAGUUUUAUCCUCUUUCUUUUACUUUUACUAUACCACCUCCAUCACCACCACCACCACCAUUGGUACUACUGCUACUACUACAACUACUACUACUACUACUACUACUACUACUAUAACAGCAGCAAUAACAGCACUAUUAGGUGACUAUUACUAUACUAUUGCUACUAGACGUACUUCUGCCGCAAAUACUACAUAUAAUCAUCACCUCCAUUACUAUCACCAUUGCUACUACCACUACUACUAUUAUUACUACUACUACUACUACUACUACUACUACUACUAAUGAGAAUAAGAGACAGGAUUUUUACUACUAUUAUUACUACUACAACUAUUAAUGCAUUCAAUCACUACCGUCACCACAAUCACCACAACAACUACUACUACUACUACUACUACUACUAUCUUUACUCCUACUACUACUACUACUACUACUACUCCUCCUCCUCCUACUACUACUACUACUACUACUAUUACCACCACCACCACCAUUACUGCUACCACUACCCAGAAUUAUUGCGCAUGUAUCAUAUCAGUUAUUGCUGUUCGUGCAUCAGUGAAUGCUAAAGUGGUAAUGAAGAUAAUUGAAUUGUGUGAAAUAUCGUAUAUAUGCAAGAAAAAACACACACAUACCAUUAAUAAUAAAGCAAUGAUAGCACGAGAGACGGUAAGAGUGAAGCGAUGGUGAAGUGAAACUGAAGGAGUGAUGGUGGUUUGUUUAUAAAGCCCUAAUCACUGUAGCGGAGUAAAUAAUGGCGGUGAGGGAAAGGAGCGAGGGAGAAGCGAACCAGCGUGAUAUUGAAAGGUAAUGGUAGUUAGAUACACGCGUCAAUAAAAGAUGGUAGGAGAAGAUUGCAGGUGAAGAACAAGAGGGAUUUUUAUUUGUUAGCAUUGCAAAACUAGGUGUGGGAAAGUGAGAUAGAAAUAUAAUGUCUUCCUCUGUCCCUUUUUCCCUCAGGUAACGUAUUACUAACAAAUAUAGAGGAAAUGCAAGUCUCUCUCUCUCCCCCCCCAUAUCUCUCUCUCUCUCUCUCUCUCUCUCUCUCUCUCUCUCUGUCUGUGUCUGUCUGUCUGUCUGUCUGUCUCUCUCUCUCCCUCAGGUAUCGUGGUGUUAAGGAAUAUAGAGUGAAGAACAAAGGGAUUUUUAUUUGCUAGCAUUGCAAAACUAGGUGUGGAAAAGUGGGAUAGAAAUAUAAAAAUGCUUUCUCUCUCUCCCUCCCUCCCUUAGGUAACGUAUUACUAACAAAUAUAGAGAAAAUAUAACAAGGCUCUCUCUCUCUCUCUCUCUCUCUCUCUCUCUCUCUCUCUCUCUCUCUCAGGUAAUGUGCCCUGUGUAAAUAUAGAAAAAAAUAUUUUGCACUUAAAAAUAUUACGGUAUACCUUGCAUGAUUUUGAUACAAGCAAUUGUUUAUAUGACCAACGCUGAUAACGCUAAUAUUAAUUGGUGAUGGUGGAUUUAUGAUGCUGGUGGUGGUGGUGGUAGGGAGGAAGGAGAGUAGGAAAGUGGCGUGGGUGAUGGUGGCAGUGGAAAUUGUGUGUUAUUUCCCUCCCGUGCUUUGGUUAACACUGCUCGGCAUUUCAGAUCGUGUUCAUUACAGUAACACAGGUUGUCGCUAUCGUGGUGCUUACAGCGGUGGAAGCGGCAGUAAAAAUAUCGGUUAUUGUGAUGAAGCGGCGAGUGGGCGAGGCGGCGCCAAUGGUGGAGGGGAGGCUGUUAGCGGAGGAGGCAGAAACAUGAAAUAGUACAUAUACUCUCUAUUUCACCGGCAGCGUCACUCUAUUUCAUUACUUUCUCGCAGCAACAGUUAUGGAGCAUUCUGUGAGAUUUCUUAGUGUGGGUGAAGGACGAUGGUGGUGUGGAAGGAGAGGUGGUGAGAGAGAGCGAGAGAGAGAGAGAGAGAGAGAGAGAGAGAGAGAGAGAGAGAGAAGGGUGAGAUGCUAGCUGGUGGCGUUCACAGUUAUGAAAGUAUUGGAGGAAGCGUGAUCAUAACAGUGCCAGUGCCUUGGUAAUGAAAGUGUGGGAUUGAGAGCGUUAGAAAGAAUUUUACACACACACACACACACACACACACACACACACACACACACACACACACACACACACACA